AUGGCUGACUUGGCAAGAAGGAAGAAGGAGGAUGCGAUUCGCUUGAAGGCGUGGCUGGAGCCCCACCUGCCCAGCAUCAACCGCCUGCAGGCCAUCCUCCUGUGGCUCGACACCACUGGUCAGGUUCAAUUCGUGGUCCUUUGUGUUCUGACCCACAUGGCGCUCGGGCUGGGCGCGCACCUGGCCGAAGGGGUGACGCUGCCGGCGGUGGUGCCCUACGCGCUCGGGCUAUACCUCCUCGCCCGCUACGCCGUCGUGGCCGCUCCCAUUCCCUGGGAGUCCAUUCUGCACUUCGUGCUCACCGUCUACUAUGAAAUGCAGAGGCUCAGGGACAUCAACUACGCCAAGUACACGGCCCAGGUGUGCGCCAUCUUGUUUGUGGUGGGUCUCCUCCUCAACCGUAUCUCCGGCUACACCUUCAUCUACAUCAUCGUCUUUAGCGUGCUCCUGCUCCCGGGCAUCUACACGCACGGCGUGUUUGGCAAGCUCUGGUCUCUCGCUGAGUCGCACCCGCAGGUCGGCCGCGUCAUGGGCAUGGCCAAGGACCAGUACACCAAACUCGCAAGCAAUUUGGGCUUCCGCCCCUCGCAGCCACAGGUGCGGCAGCAGCAGCCGGCGGCGCCGGCGGCCCCUGCCACUACCUCGACGGCGGGCACAACGCCGACGGUGAGCGUCGGCUCGUCUACGGUGAACGUCAACUCGAACGCUGGCAAGGCGCACCAGCCCCAGCAGCCCGAGGCGGGCGCGACGACGUCAGCCAUCGCGGCCGUGCCCGAGGAGGACGCCGACGACUUUGUGCAGAUCCCUUCGGACAAGAAGCACGACUGA